GGCAAACCAACACUGCUUUCACGUUGCUAGUUGAUCAUCAACACUCGCAAACUUGAAAGGAAGUGUUCUGAAAGCGUGCAGAGUUGUCAGGCACCUCUAGUAAUCGACGCUUUUGCACACACACAGCCCAUGGAACGUGAUCUUAGAACAUGCCAGAAAAUUUGAUAUCCCUAUUACAAUGGGAACGAGAAGUCAGUCUAAUGGGGAGAUACACAAAACUGCCGUAGUGUCGCCGUUUAUAAAGAGUUUUGCAGGAUCAAUAGGAGGUGUAGCAGAGGCAGGAUGUUUACAGCCGAUGGAUGUCAUCAAAACUCGCCUGCAGCUUGACAAGGCCAAGCAGUACACUGGCAUUGUCAACUGUGGGAAGCAGAUCAUUGCGCAGGAGGGCGCAAAGUCUCUAUGGAAGGGUCUGACCCCCUUUGCGACGCACCUCACGUUGAAAUAUGCCCUUCGCAUGGGCACGAACGCCUUCUACCAGAGCCUUCUCAGAGACCAGAGCGGGGCGCUAUCGGAUGGGCGGAGGUUGGCAGCGGGAUUUGCAGCAGGCAUCACAGAGGCGCUGAUCGUAGUUACACCCUUUGAGGUGGUGAAGAUCCGACUCCAGCAGCAGAGGGGGCUCACAAAGGAGCUGCUCCGGUACAAGGGGCCGGUGCAUGCAGCGGGGCUGAUAGUGAAGGAGGAGGGCAUUCUGGGGCUGUGGUCAGGGGCGGCGCCCACAGUAAUGCGCAACGGCACCAACCAGAUGUGCCUGUUCUGGGCGAAGAACAACUUUGACAGACUCUUCUUCAGCAAGGAGGAGGGGGACGGGCGUACGCUGCAGCCCUGGCAGUCCAUGACGUCCGGCUUCUCCGCUGCAUGCUUGGGGCCCGUAGCCACGGGGCCCUUCGAUGUCAUCAAGACUCGGUUGAUGGCUCAACAGAAAUCGGACGGGCCGGCCAGGUACUCAGGGCUGUUGGAUGCGCUCGUGAAAAUCCCCCGGGAGGAGGGGUUUUUGGCGUUGUACCGGGGCCUACUGCCGCGGCUGAUGCGCAUCCCUCCCGGCCAGGCCAUUGUGUGGGCUGUCAGCGACCAGAUCACCGGCUACUUUGAGCAGCGGCAGCAUGAAUGAUUGAGGCAGUCGUAGAGUGGAGUUGGUAAAUUUUAAUGAAUUACUGACAUGUCAGCAGCGCAGCGGUAUUGAGCUCGGUAUUGCCAGUAUUGCGGCAACAAAGCAGGCUGUAGGAUAGUGCAGGCCUGUCCUGCAUUGCACCGUGACAUGAGCUGGUGGUGAUUGAUAUCUUUCCUGGUGUGAGCUGAUUGUUGCAUGCCUUAUACUACGGUAUAGUAGGACUUAUGCUCUAUGAUUGAAAAGGGGUUCCGGUAUUUGGUCUCCCCUUGCUAUUAUUGCUGCACACUGAAUGUGCAUGAUUGCAAGCAGUAUUCUGCAGAGAAGAAGCAUCAGUAGAGAUUUCUUGUCGAAUAUAUAGCAGUAAUAAUGAAGUUUUGAUGACGCAAAUUCCUUCAAGAGAGCAUUGUUUCGGAGCGGUCACCGGUUAACAAGGGGUGUCUGUAUAAAUUUGCACCACCAAGAUAAAAAACGCUCUGUUUUGGC